AAACUGACCAAUACGUAAGUGGUCAUACAGUGAAGACAAAAAGGGGACAGAGAGAUUCUACACUACCGGUAUACUCUGUACACCAUACAAACAGGAGUUUUUAGGCAUAAAGGCAGCUCCGAGUCCUACUGCCUACAUACCAGACCAUCUAAAUCGACACGGGCUGUUCUCGGCAUUGACAGAGCACAAUGAGUAUUGAGGAGACCAUCUGGGAGUACAAGGGGGUUUGUUUCCCUCGGGACCUCACCAUGGAAACCCUCGACGUUCUGCCCGACUUCCAGAUUCGAGACGAUGACAUCGUUGUGGCAACUUUUCCAAAGACAGGGACAAACUGGCUGGUGGAGAUAGUGGCUAAGAUCCUACAAGCUGUAGGAAUAACAGACAGGAGCGGAGAAAACUUCAUUUCACCGGGGCCCUUGGAGUUGAAGCUACCAACACGUCCACACCCAGGCUAUGUCACACAAGCAGAGACGCCCUCCCCUCGCCUUAUGAUAACACACCUGCCUAUUGAGUUUCAACCAAAAGGGAUAUCUAAGCCACAGAAUAAGGUGAAAAUCCUGGUGCCUAUGAGGAACCCAAAGGACACAGUUGUGUCACUCUACCAUUUUGGCAACAAAGUUAUGGAGUUGACUGGUGUACGUCUGACGGACAACAUUCCAUUCGAUGCCUUUGCUCAAAACUUCCUCAACGGAAAAGUGCCAUAUGGACCAUAUGAAGACCAUGUCUUGGGUUGGUGGCAGAUGCGAGACGACCCCCACUUCCUCUUCCUCAAGUAUGAGGACAUGAAAAAGGACCUGUUGAGUGCUGUAAAGGCCAUUGUUGCAUUUCUGGAGGUUGAUCUGGAUGAAUCAACCAUAAAAGGCAUCGCAGAGGCCAGUACUUUCAACAACAUGAAGGCAGACAUGGACAACUCCAAGAUUGCUGAGAGACAGGCCAUAGCCAGGAAAGGCGUUAUCGGAGACUGGAAGAACAUGUUUUCACAAGAGCUGAGCGAAGCCUUUGACACCUGGUAUGAGAAGAAGUUCAGUGGGACAGGCAUCACUUUUGACUUUGAAUAAAGUUAUAACUGACAUUGCAUUAAACCCUCAUAAUGCUCAUGAUGUUUCAGUGAUGUUAAUAAAAAAACAAACGAA